AUGGCGGCCGUCUUCAACGUCCACGCUCGUGUGGUUCAGCCACUCUGCAUGGGUGGCGGUUGUCCAUGCAAGAAUCCGCCUAAUUGCCGUACCGCCGCCGCCGCCGUUCCACCACCAAGGAAGCAUGCAGAUGGGAAUACAAGAGAUAGCUAUCUCACAGUGGAGAUACUUGUCACCAACACAUCGGACAACAAUAAUUCAAUAAGAGAUUGUGAAUGGUUUAUGAUUUUGUGUAGAGAAGUUAGUGUCAUUUUGGUUAUUGUUGAUCUUAAACUCAUCAAGAGUAUCGAAAUUAUAAGAUGGACGUUAUCUUUGCCCUAUGAUUCCGUUGGUGUAUAUCUCAUGAGUUAUUCGAUUGGUACCCCUCCAUUUAAGGUCUAUGCUUUUUUAGAUACAGGUAGUAAUUUAAUUUGGCAUGAGUGCAAGCCUUGUAAUAUAUGUUACAACCAAACAUCUCCUAUUUUCAAUCCUUCAAAAUCUUCGAGUUACCAAAAUAUUCCAUGUUCUUCAAGAACAUGCAAAUCUAUGGCAAAUGCUUCUUGUUCUUAUGAUCGAGAUGCAUGUGAGUAUACAUUAGAUUAUGGUCAUGGAACAAAAACUCAGGGAGAUCUUAGUGUGGAAACUCUUACAUUGGAUUCCAUCUCCGGUUCUGUUAUCUCAUUUUCUAAAAUUGUGAUAGGAUGUGCACAUACUAAUACUCAAGGCUUUGAGUAUAACGGUAAAAGUUCUGGUAUAGUUGGCCUUGGAAAAGGGCCUAUGUCAAUUAUAAAGCAAUUAGGAUCUCUAACAGAUUAUUACAGAACAUCUAAUUUAUCUAGCAAACUCAACUUUGGAGAUGCUGCUAUUGUGUCCGGUGAUAAAGUUGUUUCAACUCCUAUGGUCAAAAUGAUUGGGAACCAACAAAAAGAUUAUUACUAUCUAACUUUGAAGGCCUUUAGUGUGGGAAAUAAGAGAAUAAAGUACAAGGGAUUUAAACGUGAAGGAACAAAUGCUUCUACUAAUAACAUCAUAAUUGACUCGGGUACACCUGUAUCUCUUCUUCCACGUCAUGUUUUUCAUAAGUUAGAAUCUGCGGUUAAGAAAGUUAUUAAACUAGAGCGCUUUCAAGAUCCUACUGAUUCGUUUAGCCUUUGUUAUAAUACUACAUCUAAAAAACUGAAUUUCCCUGUAAUUACAGCACAUUUUAGUGGCGCAGAUGUUAAGUUAGAUCCUAAGGGCGUCUUUAGUACUAUAUUUAAGGGAAUUGAAUGUUUUGCUUUUCGACCACAUAACAAUGGAUUAGGCCUUUUUGGAAGCAUGGCACAAAUGAACCAUUUAAUUGGUCAUGAUCUCAAAAGAAAUAUUUUCUCCUUCAAACCUACUGAUUGUAGUAAGUAUUGAAUAAAUGUAAACGUCUGGUACCAAACU